AAUUAUUUGAAUCAGGAUAAGCACCACCUCCUUUCUUCGCAUUCCAAUACACUUCAGUAUCACCACCUUUUCUCUCACUCUUUCUUCGCUCUCUCCUUGCUUCUUUACCCUUUUUAGGUUCCUCUAGUUUGUUGUUAACUUUAAAAACAAAAAACCUCUGUUCUGUGCAUCUCGUGCUCUUACAGUAACUAAGAAUCCAAUUUAAUUCAUGGGGAUGGGGUUUGAUUUUCCUUGAAGAAUUUUUCGUACUUUUACUCGAUAUUGACGGAACGUACAAUUUUCAGUCCAUCCGUUUCAAAUUUGCUUUUUGAGUGCGGUGCUUCUGCUUUUGUGUCAAUUUUGUUUAGAACUUUACUUUUCAUAGUCUUCUUUUUUUGUUCAGAAGCUCGAUUCUUUUCUCUGUUCUUUUGAAUUUGAAUGCUUGUUCUUGUGGGUUGGUUUUAGGGUUUCAUUCCGGUCAAUGUGUGUUGUGGGCAUUUGCUAAUCCUGUCACCAAUUAGUAUUUGUGGGUUUUUAUCUUUUCCGAAAACCCUUUUCAGAUUCUUGGUGGGGUUUUAGCUCUCGAAGUUAGGGUUCAAUUAAUUGGGAAAGUUUCGUGAUGGAGCGUUCAAGAUGGAAAUCUUGUAUGCUCGCUACCGUUUGUUUGAUGUCAAUUUUCACUGCUCAUGUUUGCUUUGGAGACACUGAUCCACGUGAUAUUUUGGCAAUAAAUAGUCUAUAUGCUGCUCUUGGGUACCCGUCUCUUCCUGGAUGGUUAGUUUCAGGGGGAGACCCUUGUGCAGAAGGUUGGCAAGGUGUUCAGUGUGUCAAUUCCAACAUAACUGGGAUAAUUCUCAAUGGUGCCAAUUUGGGAGGUGAAUUGGGUGAGAAUUUGGGAGCUUUUGUUUCCAUCAUACAAAUAGAUUUGAGCAAUAAUCACAUUGGAGGUCGUAUACCAUCAAGCCUUCCAGUUACCAUCAAGAGCUUGAUGCUUUCGGGAAACCAGCUUACAGGGAACAUUCCAGAUUCUCUUUCCAUGUUAGGCCAAAUGACAGACUUAUCAUUACGCAACAACAAUUUGAUAGGAGAGAUUCCAGAUUCUUUUCAAGACCUUACACCCUUAACAACUUUGGACUUGUCUGGAAACAAUUUAAGUGGACCACUGCCUCCUUCCAUGGCUAAAUUGUCAUCAAUAACAACAUUACACUUAAAUGACAAUCAUCUUACCGGGGUUCUUGAUGUGUUGCAAGAUCUUCCGCUUAUAUUUUUGGAUGUGGAAAAUAAUCUUUUUUCUGGACCAAUACCUCCCAAGUUGAUGACCAUUCCGAAUUUCAGAAGCAUGGGAAACCCCUUCAAUACAACAGUUAUCCCUUCUCCUCCAGUCAUAUCCCCUUCACCAUCAUCAUUUGGCCCAAAACCACCGGAAAUUGGCCCUGGACUUCAAGUAUUUGAAGAACCACCACCUGAGCCACCACAUUCUUCCGGAAAGUUCAAAUCUUUAUUGAGUAAUAAAUAUGUUUGGAUUGGUAUUGGUGGAUUCUUGAUUCUUAUCAUACUUGCAUUGGGACUUUGCUUUUGUGUUUCAAAAUGCUGCAAAAAAAAGUCAACGGUCAAAGUUUCAAAGAUUGAGAGAGCAAAGAACUCUGUGCUUAACGACUUAAAACCAUCCGAACAAAGAGAAAAUGAUACCAAAAAUAAGGAUUCAUUGGCAAUGUCAUCGGUUAAAGGUGAGAAAAUUGAAACAAAACCUAAGAGCAAGAAUGAUCAUGUGAUGAUAGACAUGACAAAAGUCAAUGCACGCUCUUUUACAACACCGCCCCUACUUCCUCAACCUUCUCGGGCUGUUGUGAAGCCGACUGGUGUUCCAAAAACUGCCCCUAGUCGUCCUUUGAGAAGUGUAAAUUCUGCAAAGUUUUUCUCCAUAGCAUCUCUUCAAGAGCACACAAAUAGCUUUUCUCAAGAGAAUCUUGUUGGAAAUGGUAUGAUUGCUACUGUAUAUCGAGCUGAGCUUCCUAGUGGAAAGCUAUUAGCAAUCAAGAAACUUGAUGAUGCAACAUCUCGGAAGUGGAAUGAUGAAAGGUUUAUGCAGUUGGUGACAAAUGUGUCAAAGCUUCGAAAUGAAAACAUAGUUGGAGUUGAGGGUUAUUGUAUUGAACAUGGACAAAGACUUUUUGUCUAUGAGUAUUGUGAAAAUGGGACUUUACAUGAAUCUUUACAUCUAAAUGAUGAAAUCCAUGAGAAGCUUUCAUGGAAUUCUCGAGUUAAUGUGGCACUUCAAAUCGCAAAAGCUCUCGAGUACUUGCAUGAGGUAUGUCAACCACCCGUUGUACACCAAAACUUGAAGUCUGUAAACAUUCUUUUUGACAAUGAGCUCAAUGCACGUGUAUCGGAUUGUGGUUUGGCCCCACUACUACCAUCAAGCCAUGUCAGCGAGUUGCAAGGGUUGGGAUAUGGUGCACCCGAACUCGAAUUGGGAAGUUAUACUUACCAAAGUGAUGUUUAUAGCUUUGGAGUCAUUAUGUUAGAACUUUUAACUGGCAGAAAAGCUUUUGACAGUUCAAGGCCACGUGGGGAGCAAUUUCUUGUGAGAUGGGCGAUUUCAAGGCUACAUGAUAUUGAAGCUUUGUCAAGGAUGGUGGAUCCUUCUUUGCAAUCCGCAUGUUCUUUCAAGUCUUUAUCUCGGUUUGCAGAUAUCAUUUCUCUAUGUGUUCAGCCCGAACCGGAAUUUAGGCCACCCAUGUCAGAAAUCGUGCAAAAUCUCUUGCAUAUGAUCCAAAGAAGCCCCUAAAUGUGGCAAAAAUUGAAAGAGCGGGGGCAAAAACGUAACUUAACCAAUUCGAAGGUUGUGAAUCUUGACAUUGAUCAAACUUUUCGUGUAUGUUAGAAGAUGUCUAAAUGUGUGGAAAUCGGUUGAUUUGUAGGUUGUGUGUUUUUGGUGGUUUAUAAAUGUAGGUAUUGACUUAUAUCAUGAAUCAAAAUAAAUGGACAUAGAAUUUAAUCAAACUAGUGUCAUAUUUAUUUUUGAAACAGCUCC